UAGGAAGCCCUCGCCCCGCGGAGGCUGCGGGAGAGAGAGCGCGAUGGGCCGCGGCGGUGGGCGCACGCUCUACGGGGACUCAUGCCACGCGCGUUCCGGCCCGGCGCGCAAUUAGCAGCCACCUCCGCAGCCCACCGCCACCACCUUUUCGCCCUCCCGGGCGGCCGCAACGAAAAGCUGCAACCGUCGCCUCGCACAGGCUGCCGGCAUUGUCCUCCAGGUCCGCCGCCAAGGCUACCGCUGCCGCCGCGGGUUGCUGCGGGGCCCCGGACCCGCGCCCCAGGGACGCGCCGCCGCCUUCGCCAGCCCGGCCCCCGGCCCCCGGCUCCCGGCCCCCGGCCCCCGUUUGGUGAUUUCUGAGCCCUGCGUUCCCUAGCCACUCUCUCCUAGGUUUUCCCUGCAAGGCUGAGGAAAAGGAGACUUCGUCCAGCCGCCAAGCCUAGGCUUCCUCCGGCGCGCAGCCCCGACGGGGCCGCGGCAGGCGCGGCGAGAGCGCCGACGGAGCCAUGAGAGAGUACAAAGUGGUGGUGCUGGGCUCGGGCGGCGUGGGCAAGUCCGCGCUCACCGUGCAGUUUGUGACGGGCUCCUUCAUCGAGAAGUACGACCCCACCAUCGAGGACUUCUACCGCAAGGAGAUUGAGGUGGACUCGUCGCCGUCGGUGCUGGAGAUCCUGGACACGGCGGGCACCGAGCAGUUCGCGUCCAUGCGGGACCUGUACAUCAAGAACGGCCAGGGCUUCAUCCUCGUCUAUAGCCUCGUCAACCAGCAGAGCUUCCAGGACAUCAAGCCCAUGCGGGACCAGAUCAUCCGCGUGAAGCGGUACGAGCGUGUACCCAUGAUCCUGGUGGGUAACAAGGUGGACCUGGAGGGCGAGCGAGAGGUCUCGUACGGCGAGGGCAAGGCCCUGGCCGAGGAGUGGAGCUGCCCCUUCAUGGAGACGUCGGCCAAAAACAAAGCCUCGGUGGACGAGCUGUUCGCAGAGAUCGUGCGGCAGAUGAACUACGCGGCGCAGCCCAACGGGGACGAGGGCUGCUGCUCGGCCUGCGUGAUCCUCUGAGGCGCCCGCGGCUGCCGCGCGCCGGCCGCGCUCUGCGCACAAAAGCCAAACGCACCCGACUCUCGCAAUGUGAUUUUUCUUUUUGCUUUGAGAUUGGAGACGACUUUGCAUUGGCCGGGGUGUCCCGGGAGCCCGGCUGGCCUCUGCGGCCGGCGCCCCCUGCUUCCGCCCCGUGUCCGAAGGGGUUCCCCCGUCCUCACCAUCCGAGACCCGGUGGAAAUGUGGCUCUUGGAAGCAUGUACGUUUCUCAUUGAUUUUGGUUGACGCGUAUUUCCCCGUUUAAAUAGCCGUUAGGGCGCUGUAUUGGCAGCUUGACACCAGCAAGCGAAAGUUUCAGCCUGGAAAAAAAAAAAAAAAAAGUGGGGUGGGGAGGAAGAGUACGGGGAGAAGGUGGAAAGGGAGGGGGGAUUUUUUUUUUUUUUUUUUUUUUCCCCCCAACAACCCUUUUCUAGUUCCAAGUUUUAAAUACAUGGAAGGAAGUCCGGGAGAACCAAAUGAAGGAGCAGGAGGAAGGGAAGAAACUUUUGUUUUUUCCUUGUUUUCCAGGAGUAGCUGGAAAUUAAGAUCGGGUUCCUUUUCUGCCAGCUUGGAAGGGCAACCGUGUGACUGAUUGUGAUUCUAAGGAUGUCUAUGCAAAGUUGGAUUCUUAUUACAGUGUAUCCAAUCUGAAGUAUGCACAUCUGAACUGGGACUGUAAACACUGAUGCCAAUACAGUGUGGGGUGCCAGAAAGUGUCUGCUGAUAUUUGUGGGAAAAAAAAAAAAUCUAUUUUGUUUACCUACUGUAUCAAAGGGGAGUCUGGGGGAGAACGGUAGUAUUUUUUUUUUUUAUCAGCUGUGAAAAAAAAUGUUACAGAUCUGCACAUUUUUGUGUGUACUGUUGUGUGCGUGUGUGUGUUUUUUGUUGUUUUUUUUUUUAGUUUAGCUUUUUGUUCUUUUUGGUUGGCAGUGACACGUUUUGAUGACUAGCUCUUUAAAAUACAGUACAAAGACUUCAAAAAUGUGAUUCAGGGCCCCCAGCACCCCUGUGUCUGCAGAGUGCCUUCAAAACUCAGCUGUUCCAGCCGGUGCCAACCUGUGAACUUCCCACCAUAUCCCAGAAUCUGCUCUUCCCCAAACCACUUCCUAGUUUCCUUUCUGUAAUCUUCCUGAAGGAGCCAGGACAAUAGGGCCUGUUGUUUGGUGAAUUUCUUUAUUAUUUCCAGCCUUUAAAGUGUAAUUUCCAUGUCUUGCAAUGUUUUUUGUUUUUUUUUUUUCCCUUCUUUCUUUCUUAUUUUGCUUCAUUGUGUUCAAAUGUUCAGGUAUUUAGCUCCCCUUUUAUAUUAUUUUUAAAAAAUUUUUUGGUUAUCUGUUCUAGGGUGUUCCUCCAGAAGCAAAGAGCAAAAUUUUACUGUUGUGAUGUACCAAGAGAAUUCUAACUAAUUGUAAUUUUUAAUUCCAGAUACGCGUUUAAUCAUUGUCUCUUCAUUUUAAGACUUUUAAUACAAAUGUCAUUUUUAAAGAAACAAA